GUGUAAUUUCAAUUGUAUAUAUCUCCAGGAGUGCAUUCUUUUGAUUAAUUAGACAUCAGUAGGGGAGACAAGUGGCCAAACCUUUUAAGGCAUAAUCAAGUCAACCGAUCAGCAAAUCAUAAGGUUUCUGGUUUAGGUCAAGAAAUCAGAAACUGGCAGUCAACAACCUGAUUGCACAGAGACUCAGGCUGAAAACUAAAUUAUGAGGGCAUUUAUUGCACUUAGCUUACUGGGGGUUGCUUUGGGAUGUUUCCAAACUGCUCCAGGCCCUGGUCCUGACCCCAUGACCACACCAAACCCUGGGCCCAAUCCUGGCCCUGAGCCAAAACCGAUGAAAAUGAAACCAUUUUUAUUUGGUGUAGAAGGAGCAUGGGCCCCAUAUUCCUUUCAAGAUUCUCUCACUGGGAAAGCUGUUGGUUUCCUCCAUGAUGUCGUGAAAGCUGCCUGUGAUGGAUGUGGAAGAGAAUGUGACCUAACAUUCAUAGGGACAAGCUUGGACAGAUGUUAUAACCCAGAGAGCAUGUCUGGAGAUGGAUUAAAUGACAGACAUUUUGAUGCAUGCGUUGGUUGGACUGCCACCAUCCCAAGAUGGAACGUCUUCAACUUCUCCGUACCUAUGCUUACGGCACAAUCUGCUCAAAUGUAUGUCAUGGAAGGAUCUGAAGUCACGGCUGACAACAUUCAAGGAUCAUCAUAUAAAAUUGGCUUCCGUAGGUACUGGUACAUGGACAAGUUCUGUAUUCGUCGUAAUGGACUCGAUGUUGCUGAUGAGAAUGUGGUUGAAAUUGAGGCUAUGGAUGAUGAUGGAUGGAUGGAUGUAGCUAUGGCCCUUGAGAAUGGACAGAUUGAUGCUGCAGUGAUGCCUGAUGGCCACCCAAUAGCCAUGGCGAAGAAUCUGGUACCUCUGGGUAUAGCUGUGAGCUGUAACUUUGGGGGAGAGAUUGGCUUGAUGCACAGAAAGGAUGUUGACACAAUGUGGUUUGACUCUUGCGUGGCCCAGAUGCAAUAUACCAGUAAUGCGUGGUAUGAUCUUUGCAGCAAAUGGCAGGUACCUAACUGUAUUGAUCCAUAUGCAUAAGACAGAGAAAGAGAGAAAUGAAGCUUCAUCUAUGGAUCGAAGGGAUAAGCUUGACAAUAGAGAUCAAAGAGAUUUUAUUCAAUGGACAAUUCAAAUAGACAAUUCAAAAGAGACAGUCUGUUUUUAAACAUACAUGUAUACUAUACAUUACAAACAAAAUUGUAACCUUUUGUGAAAUCAAGACAAUUUACAAUUUUAGUGUUUCAAAUAAAUUCUGCAUAGUUCAAAUUCA